AUGAGCAUUCUCAAACUACCUCUCGAGAUUGUUUCUCUUCUUGUUGAGUUGCUCGACGUUGAAGAUGUGUUCAACUUGGCUCUGUCCUGCAAAUCAUUGGCCUACAUUCUCUACGACAGACGAAUGUGUCGUCUUGCCCUCUUGAAGGCACCGUAUUCCGCAGAGGCUCAGGAGGCCCAGUCUACCAAGGACUUUCCAAGGUCAUUCCGUAAGCUUGCUAAGCGGCGAAUAGCGGUCCAGGCAGCAGAGCCAUGGAUGGUUGCUAUAGUUGCCAUGGCGGAUCGUUUCAUUUAUACCAAUGGACACUUGUGCUACACUGUUAAUAGCAACCAUCUCCGUGUCCUCAGCACAAUCGACAAAAGGUUCACGUCUGAAAGGAUAGUCGAUGUUCCGCUACUUCUCAAGCUCGCAGUAAGAGACUUUGAUGGUCAAAGACCGCACACCUUUGAGCCCCUUUACUACGCCGAGGGCAUCUUAUCGUGUCUUGCCACUCAAGUUCUCCGAGAUUCUACCACGAGCAGUUGGCUCAUCAUCUUCGAGCUCAGAGAGUCUCCCACAUGGGUUGUCGUACAAAGGCCGUGUUCAAGACACCCGCUAUUUGUACGCAAUGACAAGAAUUACCUGUUCUGGGGUUCAAAAUCACAUGCCACACCAGAUGGCAGCUACAGAUGGAGCAUUCAUUGCCUCAAUCUCCAGACUCGCAGGUGGGCUGAUUCGCAGCUGAUUCUAUGGGACCUUGUCGGGGAGAGUAUAGGGUCCGACGUCUGCUUUGAAAUCAUCGACGGUCAAUUUUACUGUGUUUCGAACACUUUCAGAACAGAAGCCGAUGAUGGAAUGCGCAAUAACUUCUACCAAGUUGUGAGGUUCCCCGUGGACAAUGCGAUCCAUGAGAAGUGCGAGAAGCCUCCGAUGCGCAACCUAUGGCGUCUCCAUGACUCAGAGGGCGCAGUAGACGAGCGUUGGACUUCGUUGCAGCUCACUAAAGACGAGAAAACAGGGAAUCUCUCCAUUGUCGAGACUCGAAAGGAGUGGUUCCCAGGAAAUGCAGGCAGCCAGAGGACGUGCUACAAAAAGGAGCUUCACUUUGAUAAACAAGAAGAAGCCCCUCAGCCAGAGCCUUUUCUGCCCACUCCGCCAGAGUCAACCGUGGAUAGCCUCGAAGAAGACGAAUGGAGUAGCGAGAAUCAUGUUGAAGAGCGACCAAGUGAGACGAUCCACAUUGGUGACGGCCCAUCUGACGCCAAAGCAUACACCCUCCAAGAAUGCUUUGUGCGCUCAUACAACCCAUCGUGCAGUGCUUUCAUCGACCUUGUUUCUGAGGCUUACAGCCCUGACUCGAUGUUGCAGCUCAGAGUGCAGCCCAAGAAACGGGAAUCGUCAGUCAGUAUAUGGCCACGAGACCAAGAAACAUGCCACUACGAUAGUGACUUGGCUCGGCUCCAAGGCGUUGUCAACCCCGUCCAGCCUAUUCAAGGGAUCGAAUGGUCUAUGGAUGAGCGAAUAUUGGUAUAUUCACCAACUCAUAUGGCCUACGGACAAUUGAGGCCCAUCAUCCUCAUUUCGUUCGACCCAGAAUAUGUUCUUCAGGGGUUUCCGAAUUAUGCGACCCAAACUCAAGGUGUAAAUAGCCAUCUUAGUACCUCUGCCCGUUCGGAAACAAGUCGCGGACAGGAAGGCAUACUAUGGUCAUCAAACCAGGAUUUUGGCGAGUCUGCAUCGCCACAAAAGGAUGAUCCCAUCCCAUCUGCCAACUUUAUCAGAUCACGGCCCUCGCUUUACCAGACGAUGAGUAUGGGCAACGGGAGUGCACAUGGUUUCGAUCUUUCAUAUCCAUGCCCUUGGCGAUGA